CCCCGCGGCCGGGAUGGACGAUCGGGGGCUCACCGCGCAGCCUUAACACCGACGCCUCGGAAGGACGCAGGCACGGAGAAACCCCCCCCCGACCGGGACCUGACCGUGGGCUCUGAGGACGGGCUCAUUUCAGGGACCCCAUUUUUCUCUUCCUCCUCCCCACGGACCUCCGGAGGAAUCGCCGCCGGCGCCCGAUCCCACUGGGGGUCUGUAGCAGAAUUGGCCUUUCCCCCCGCUCCCUCCCCGCCGCCCUUAAAUAUCCCGAUUCUUCCCGGGAAGCGAACUGCCGAUGCCUCCUUUAACGAUGCAACGGAUGCCUUUCGGGAUCGUGUGGCAGGAGCUGAAUUCUGAAUGAAGGAGGGAGCCUUUGCUUCGGAAACGUUGCGGGUUGAACUCGUUAUUCAGCCAUCCCCGGGGUCCGUAUUUUCCUUUUAAAGGCCCCCGAAGUCUCUCUUUCGGGGGGCUGCCCCCUCCCCGAAAAGCCGUCUGUGUGAAAAAUCCAACUGUCCCCUCCAAAAAACCGUAUGUUUUUGUGUGAAAUUCAGUUCUUUAACUGAGGGUGUUGACCGGGCCGGGUUUUCAGUCCAGCCCUCGCACUGCGUUGGUAAGGCGUUGAAAUCGUUCCAUGGUUUCUUUUUGUAAACCCUACGCCCGAAAGUUAGGUUCAGGUAGGAAGCGUAAUUAAAACAAUUAAUAGGAAUUGAAAGAAAACCCAAGCCGAAGCAGUCAUGUCUGGAGAGGUGCGUCUGAGGCAGCUGGAGCAGUUUAUUUUGGAUGGGCCGGCGCAGACUAAUGGGCAGUGCUUCAGCGUGGAGACAUUGCUGGAUAUUCUCAUCUGCCUUUACGAUGAAUGUAAUAAUUCCCCAUUGAGGAGGGAGAAGAAUAUCGUCGAAUACCUGGAAUGGGCCAAACCAUUUACUUCCAAAGUGAAACAGAUGAGACUACAUAAAGAAGACUUUGAAAUAUUAAAAGUCAUUGGUCGAGGAGCUUUUGGGGAGGUCGCCGUGGUAAAACUGAAAAACACAGACAAGGUAUUUGCCAUGAAAAUACUCAAUAAAUGGGAGAUGCUGAAGAGAGCAGAGACAGCUUGUUUUCGAGAAGAGCGGGAUGUUCUAGUGAAUGGCGAUAACAAGUGGAUCACAACAUUGCAUUAUGCCUUCCAGGAUGACAAUUACUUAUACCUGGUUAUGGAUUACUACGUUGGUGGAGAUUUGCUUACACUGCUCAGCAAGUUUGAAGACAGGUUGCCUGAGGACAUGGCUCGCUUUUACUUGGCAGAGAUGGUGAUAGCAAUUGAUUCGGUUCAUCAGCUUCAUUAUGUCCACAGGGAUAUUAAGCCUGAUAACAUCCUAAUGGAUAUGAAUGGGCACAUCCGAUUAGCAGACUUUGGUUCCUGUCUGAAAUUGAUGGAAGAUGGAACGGUCCAGUCUUCAGUGGCCGUUGGAACUCCUGAUUACAUAUCCCCUGAAAUCCUGCAGGCCAUGGAAGAUGGGAAAGGAAAGUAUGGACCCGAGUGUGACUGGUGGUCCUUGGGCGUCUGCAUGUAUGAAAUGCUGUAUGGAGAGACACCAUUUUAUGCAGAAUCUCUGGUGGAGACAUACGGAAAGAUCAUGAACCACAAAGAGAGGUUUCAGUUUCCGGCUCAAGUGACAGACGUAUCUGAGAGUGCGAAGGACCUCGUUCGCAGACUCAUUUGCAGCAGAGAACAUCGACUUGGGCAAAAUGGGAUUGAAGACUUUAAGAAUCACCCAUUUUUCGUUGGCAUUGAUUGGGAUAACAUUCGGAACUGUGAAGCACCUUAUAUCCCAGAAGUCAGCAGUCCUACGGACACAUCAAACUUUGAUGUGGAUGAUGAUUGUUUAAAGAAUUCUGAGACAAUGCCCCCACCAACCCACACCGCGUUUUCCGGUCACCAUCUGCCAUUUGUUGGUUUUACAUACACUAGUAGCUGUGUUCUUUCGGACCGAAGUUGUUUAAGAGUGACAGCUGGGCCCCCCUCAAUGGACCUUGAUGUUAAUGUUCAGAGGACUCUAGAGGACAGUUUAGCAACUGAAGCCUAUGAAAGGAGAAUAAGACGCCUUGAGCAAGAGAAACUUGAACUCAGCAGAAAGCUUCAAGAGUCCACACAGACGGUCCAGGCGCUUCAGUACUCAACGGUGGAUGGUCCGUUAACCGCAAGCAAAGAUCUAGAAAUAAAAACCUUAAAAGAAGAAAUUGAAAAAUUGAAGAAGCAAGUAACAGAUUCUGGACACCUGGAACAACAGCUUGAGGAAGCUAGUUCUGCAAGGCGAGAACUAGAUGAGGCUUCUAGACAAAUCAAGGCCUGUGAGAAACAAAUCAAAACACUAAAGCAAGAAAGGGAGGACCUUAAUAAGGAGCUAGUUGAGUCUAGUGAGCGAUUAAAAUCCCAAACCAAAGAACUGAAAGACGCACACAGCCAGCGGAAACUGGCCAUGCAAGAGUUCUCAGAGAUGAACGAACGGCUAACAGAUUUGCACUCCCAAAAACAGAAACUUGCUCGCCAAGUUCGAGAUAAGGAGGAAGAGAUGGAAGUGGUGAUACAAAAGGUUGAAAGCUUAAGGCAAGAACUGCGCAAAACAGAAAGAGCCAAAAAAGAGCUGGAAGUUCAUGCAGAAACUGCAGCUGCAGAGGCAUCCAAGGACCGGAAAUUGCGGGAACGGAGCGAACAGUAUUCUAAACAGCUGGAAAAUGAAUUGGAAGGACUGAAGCAAAAACAAAUUGUUCGCUCACCAGGGGUAAGCAGUACUGAACACCAGCAAGAGAUCACCAAACUAAAGGCCGACUUAGAAAAGAAAAGUGUAUUUUAUGAAGAUGAAUUGUCCAAAAGGGAAACGAUACAUGCUAACGAAGUUAAGAACCUGAAGAAAGAGUUGCGGGAUGCAGAAGGCCAGCAGCUUGCUCUCAAAAAAGAAAUUAUGAUUUUGAAAGACAAGUUAGAAAAGACAAGGAGAGAGAGCCAAAGUGAAAGAGAGGAAUUUGAAACAGAGUUCAAACAGAAAUAUGAACGGGAGAAAGUCCUGCUGACUGAAGAAAAUAAAAAGCUGUCAAAUGAACUUGAUAAGCUCACCACCAUGUUUGAGCGGCUGAGUGUGAACAACCGACAGCUGGAAGAAGAGAUGCGAGACCUAGCAGACAAAAAAGAAUCUGUCGCACACUGGGAGGCCCAGAUCACAGAAAUCAUUCAAUGGGUGAGCGAUGAGAAGGAUGCACGAGGGUAUCUUCAAGCCUUAGCUUCUAAAAUGACGGAAGAACUGGAGGUCUUGAGGAAUUCCAGCUUAGGUGCAAGAGCAACGGACAUGCCCUGGAAGAUGCGUCGCUUUGCAAAACUGGAUAUGUCAGCCAGAUUGGAACUGCAGUCUGCUCUAGAUGCAGAAAUCAGAGCCAAACAGGUCAUCCAAGAAGAGCUGAAUAAAGUUAAAGCCACCAACAUUUCAACAGAAUGUAAAUUGCAAGAGGCGGAAAAGAAGAACUUGGAACUGCUAUCAGAAAUUGAAAAGCUGAAAAAGGAGACUGAAGAGCUUAGAUCAGAAAAGGGUGUAAAGCACCAAGACUCACAGAAUUCUUUCUUGGCAUUUUUGAAUGCGCCUACCUCUGCUCUGGAUCAAUUUGAAGAUUCCUUUUCUUCUUCCUCAUCUUCACUGAUUGAUUUUUUGGAUGACCACUCUCCGUCCUGUAUUCCAGCUAGCAAAGGCAGACGUAUUGAUUCGGUUGAGAACUUUACGUUAUCCAAUACUCCUUCAAGGGACGAGGUCAAGUCUCACCUUCAUUCAAGGUCCAGAUCUCCUUCCACAGCUAGUGACAUUGAACCAGUUGAGGUUAUCGAACAUCCCCCACGUUCAGUUCACACGCCAACCAUGAGAUCAGCAUAUAUUGGUUCAGGCCUCUCUGCACCAAAGCCAAAGGCCCACCAGUUUGUGGUAAAAUCCUUUAACACUCCUACCAAAUGUAAUCAGUGCACCUCUCUGAUGGUUGGCUUGAUAAGACAGGGCUGUAUUUGUGAAGUGUGCGGAUUCUCCUGUCACGUGACCUGCGCAGACAAAGCUCCAGCAGUUUGUCCGAUCCCUCCUGAGCAGACCAAAGGACCCCUGGGGAUAGAUCCACAAAAAGGCAUAGGAACUGCCUAUGAAGGCCACGUUAGGGUCCCUAAGCCUGCUGGUGUAAAGAAGGGUUGGCAGAGAGCACUGGCAGUAGUUUGUGAUUUCAAACUCUUCUUGUAUGACAUAGCUGAAGGAAAAACAUCCCAACCAAGUGUGAUAGUGAGUCAAGUGAUUGACAUGAGGGAUGAAGAGUUUUCGGUGAGUUCUGUCUUGGCUUCUGAUGUCAUCCAUGCAAGCCGAAAAGAUAUACCCUGUAUCUUUAGAGUCACAGCUUCUCAGCUCUCUGCGUCUAGUAACAAGUGUUCCAUCCUGAUUCUGGCAGACAGUGAGAAUGAGAAGAGCAAGUGGGUAGGAGUGCUGAAUGAAUUGCACAGGAUUUUGAAGAAGAACAAACUCAAGGACCGCUCUGUGUAUAUUCCCAAAGAAGCUUAUGACAGCACUCUGCCCCUCAUUAAAACAACCCAAGCAGCAGCAAUCAUAGAUCAUGAAAGAAUAGCUCUGGGAAACGAAGAAGGGUUGUUCGUUGUACAUGUCACCAAAGAUGAGAUUAUUCGUGUGGGUGACAAUAAAAAGGUUCAUCAGAUUGAGCUCAUCCCAGCUGAACAACUAAUUGCCGUGAUCUCGGGACGCAACCGUCACGUGCGACUCUUCCCCACGUCCGCGCUGGAUGGCCGAGAGACUGAGUUUUUUAAACUGGCAGAGACGAAAGGCUGCCAGACCAUCGCCUCUGGACAGGUGCGCCACGGAACGCUGACGUGCCUGUGCGUGGCCAUGAAACGGCAGGUCCUCUGUUACGAACUGAAUCAGAGCAAAACCCGACACAAAAAGGUCAAGGAGAUCCAAGUCCUGGGGAACGUCCAGUGGAUGUCGAUCUUCAGCGAGAGGCUCUGUGUAGGUUUCCAGUCGGGAUUCCUGAGGUACCCUUUGCAUGGAGAAGGAAACCCAUACAGCUUGCUCCAUCCAGAUGACCACACACUAGCCUUUAUUGCACAACAGCCUACUGAUGCCAUCUGUGCAGUCGAGAUCUCCAAUAAAGAAUAUCUGCUGUGUUUUAGCAGCGUUGGAGUCUAUAUCGACAGUCAAGGCCGAAGGUCUAGGCAGCAAGAACUGAUGUGGCCAACAACUCCUUCCUCGUGCUGUUACAAUGCACCAUACCUUUCAGUAUACAGCGAAAAUGCUGUUGAUGUCUUUGAUGUGAAUUCCAUGGAAUGGAUUCAGACUGUCCCCCUCAAGAAGGUUCGACCCUUGAAUACAGAAGGAUCACUAAAUCUUUUGGGUCUGGAGACAAUUAGAUUAAUAUAUUUCAAAAAUAAAAUGGCAGAGGGGGAUGAACUAGUGGUUCCUGAAACAUCAGAUAACAGCCGGAAACAAAUGGUGCGAAGCAUCAACAAUAAGAGGCGUUAUUCCUUCAGGGUCCCAGAAGAAGAAAGGAUGCAGCAGAGGAGGGAGAUGCUUCGAGAUCCCGAAAUGAGAAAUAAAUUAAUUUCUAACCCAACUAAUUUUAACCACAUAGCACACAUGGGUCCAGGAGAUGGAAUCCAGAUCCUAAAAGACCUACCCAUGCCGGCUUUCCCUUACCCAUCCCCUCAUCAUCACUCCAGUCUGAUCUCCUCUCCGAUCAACUUUGAGCACAUCUAUCACAUGACUGUUAAUUCUGCUGAAAAAUUCCUCUCUCCUGAUUCCAUAAAUCCUGAAUAUUCCCCAUCUCUACGCUCUGUCCCUGGUACACCAAGCUUUUUGACUCUAAGGAAUCUUCGGCCUCAGGAAAGCCGGACCAUGUUCAGUGGCUCUGUUAGUAUUCCAUCCAUCACCAAAUCCCGCCCGGAGCCAGGACGUUCCAUGAGUGCUAGCAGUGGGCUGGCAGCAAGGUCUUCGGCGCAGAACGGCAGUGCGUUACGGCGGGAACUCUCUGGGGGAAGCUACGGGUCAAAGCGACAGCCUAUGACCUCCCCGUCUGACGGCUCAUUGUCCUCCGGAGGCCUGGACCAAGGAAGUGACGUUCCAGCGAGAGACUAUGAGCGGGAGGACUCUGACUCUCCUCGGCAUUCUACAGCUUCUAACAGUUCCAACCUGAGCAGCCCUCCCAGCCCCGUUUCACCUCACAAGACCAAGAGCCUCUCUUUGGAGAGCACUGACCACGUGAGUUGGGACACAUGAACUGCUGCUGCUGCUUCAGUAUUCAGACCAGUCAUCCAGCGGCUUUUGCUCCCACGGCUCCCAUCCCCUCACCCUGUCCUCGCGCUUUUAUUACCGUUCCUUCCCCUCGCUCCCCCACCAACCCCUCCCCAAAACCGGUCUGGGGGCCGGCAGCUGGGGGAGGGU